UAUUAGACAUCACAAUAUAUAUAGAGAAACCAUUGCAAGAAAGAAAAGAGAGAGAGAGAAACAUGAGUAUGGAAAGGAGACAAGGAGUGGAGAGCUAAGGGUGUGUUUGGUCUUGAAGAGAAAAAGGAAAGGAAAAAAAAAGAAAACUUUAAAAAGAAAAGAAAAAAAAAGAGAGAAAAAAGAAUGGAAGAACAGCUUAGCUCCUUAGCUGUGACUCAUCUUCUUCAACACACCCUUAGAAGCUUAUGUAUCCAUGAAAACUCUCAGUGGGUUUAUGCUGUCUUCUGGAGAAUUUUGCCCAGAAAUUACCCCCCUCCCAAGUGGGACACCCAAGGAAGUGCUUAUGACAGGUCAAGGGGCAAUAGAAGAAACUGGAUAUUGGUAUGGGAAGAUGGGUUUUGCAACUUCGCAGCGGCGGCGGCGGAAGAAUGUGCGGCGGCCGGCGGCCAGCAGGCGGCGGCGUACGAUAAUAAUUACCAGGAGCAGCAGCAGUACCACCAAGGGCUUCAGCCGGAGCUCUUCUUCAAGAUGUCCCACGAAAUCUACAACUAUGGCGAAGGAAUAAUAGGAAAAGUGGCGGCAGAUCACAGCCAUAAAUGGAUCUAUAAUAAAGAACCAAAUGAUGAUCAAGAAAUCAGCUUCUUGUCUGCAUGGCAUACCUCUGCUGAUUCUCAUCCAAGGACUUGGGAGGCUCAGUUUCGAUCCGGCAUUAAGACCAUAGCUUUGAUUGCUGUUAGAGAAGGUGUUAUCCAAUUGGGAGCUGUUCAUAAGGUUGUUGAAGACUUGAGCUAUGUGGUGUUACUAAGAAAAAAGUUCAACUACAUAGAGAGCAUUCCGGGAGUCCUGCUCCCGCACCCGUCCUCAUCGGGGUACCCGAUGAGGACUGACGGCGGCGGCUACGGUCAGGAACCGUGGCCGCCGUCGCAUUUUCUGGCGGGGCCGCCAUCGGAGUACUACGACCACCACCACCACUUCAACCAGUCUCCACCGGCAGCGAUGGUGAAGAUGGUGACCCCAUCGAUGACAAGCCUAGAGGCCCUUCUCUCCAAGCUCCCCAGCGUGGUCCCCGCCACGUCGUCCGGAAACUACUCCGACGCCGCCCUCCCGCCUCACUACCUGGCGGCGUCGGGCGGCGGCAUCGGGCGGCCGCCGGAGAUGGUGGCCAAGGAAGAGUAUGAUGAAGGGGAGUAUGAAGACAACAACAAUAACUAUGAAGACAACAUGAAUAACUGCAAGGAUGUUGGAGAGAGUAGCAGCUCCAUGUCUUAUAAUCAUCAUCAUCAUCAUCACCAUAAUUAUGGGUAUCGUUAUGAUUUGAAUGUGAGGGAUUAUAAUUGAUUGUUAUUAUAAUUAUUUAUGAGGGGUGAAGUACUAAGUUAACAAUAAUAAUGUAGCCUACCCUCAUGAUUAUUUGUUGCUUGAAUUAAGGUUGCUAGCUUAAUUACUAGUACUUCUAUCCAAAAAAAUCUUCUUGGUUUGACCUAAUAUGCUUGCUUAAUAAGAGAUUAAAAAUCCGUUUAAUGUUAAGUAAAAGGUAUAGCUAAAG